UCUGGAAGAGUGACGUAUGAACGGCCGAAACGAAAACGAAAGAAAAGCCUCUUGUGCCGUUGUUAUCUUCUAUCAUAACUGAAGAAUGGAGACAAACGGCCAAGUAAAUGGGCUUAAAUCUAAAAAGAAAGAUAAUGGAGACGGCAAGGAUAAUUUAUGGUCUGCAAUCUUAGAAGAAGUUCAGAAUCAAGGGAACACAAAAUUACCAUCUAAUAAGAAUGUAUUAGUUCUGGGUGAUAAUGAGACGGGUAAAACAACACUUAUAGCUAAAUUACAAGGUGUAGAAGACCCGAAGAAGGGUUCAGCUCUCGAAUAUGCGUAUAUAGAUGUAAGGGAUGAAUAUAGAGAUGACCACACAAGGCUAAGUGUAUGGGUAUUAGAUGGAGACCCAGGGCACAAAAAUUUGCUCAAAUUUGCAUUGAACACAGAAACAUUCCCGCACACACUAGUCAUCUUAACGGUGGCUAUGACCACACCUUGGGGUAUAAUGGACCAGCUCCACACCUGGGCUGCAGCGCUAGGUGAUCAUAUAGAAAAAUUAGGCCUCACACCAGAACAAAAGCAUCAGAGUAUAAAGCAGCAAGUUCAAAAAUGGCUCAGAUAUACUGAACCAGGGGAUGAGCUGGAACCAGCGUCUUCGCCAAUGAAGCGGUCUUCGCGGAACCUAUCAGAUGAUCUCGAUAGUGAUGACGAAGACAAUACCCUGCCUGAGAAGGUCCUUACCACCAACCUCGGUUUGGAUAUUGUUGUUGUGGUUACAAAGACUGACUACAUGAGCACACUAGAGAAAGAGCACGACUACCGGGACGAGCACUUCGACUUCAUGCAGCAGUGGAUCAGGCGAUUCUGUCUCCAAUAUGGCGCUGCCCUGUUCUACACAAGCGCUAAGGAAGAUAAGAAUUGUGACCUGCUCUACAAGUAUUUGACGCAUCGGAUAUAUGGCCUGCCCUUCCGCACGCCGGCACUUAUUGUGGAAAAGGAUGCGGUUCUCAUACCUGCUGGCUGGGAUAGUAUGAAGAAAAUUAGUAUAUUACAUGAAAACAUUCAGUCGUGCACACCGGAUGACUACUACAGAAAUAUCAUCGUACAACCCGCUACUAGGAAGAGCGGUGGUCUCCGAGAAGCGGAGAUAACGUCAGAGGAUGAGCAAACUUUCCUCCAACGACAACAGUCGGCGUUGUUAGCUGGAGCCGCUGCACCUCGUGCUGACUCCCCUCUUAGGACUGCGCAAAGGACCGCCGCGCAGCUUGACGGCACAAAAAUCGGUAUGGGCGGCGGUACGCCAGGCAACGAGGGUGUUCUAGCCAAUUUCUUUAACUCCCUGCUAUACAAGAAGACGGGCUCGCCCGGCGCACGCGCGGACGUUUCGCCGGGCGCAGUAUCGGCCGCUGCCAGGUCCGACGCCGCAGCGGAACUGGAUCGACUCACGCGCAACAAAAGACCACCGCCUACUGUCGAUCUUAACUCGUCCGAGUGCUAGUUACGCAGGUAGAGUGCGGCAAGUGUACUCAAGGAAGGCAGGGCGUUCGCGUCCCGCCGCUAUACAACACGACUUCCCGCUUACUCGAUACGAGAGGCUGUCAGCUAUUCUCCAUACUUCCAUAAAAGGUAUCUUAUUGAAGAAUGCUUAUCGUUUAGAGAGACGUAGAAAACUUAUACGAAUUCAACGGCUAGGAAUUUGAAAUGUUAUAUUCUAUACCACAAGCACGGCAGAUAUUUAAAAAUUUAGCCAUUUAGCCAUAAUCUCUAUUUUUCUUGAAAUUCGUCAGGAAGUCUUGGAAUAAUUCGAGCGGCUUACAGUGGAAUGGAAUAAAAAAUCCUAUUUAAUUCUGUGUAACACUUGUUCUUUGAUAUUAAGUAUUUAUUUAGGUAGCUUCACGUUCUAAGUUGAAUAAUGGUUUUAAGCACUGGCGACCGCUCACAUGAUACUUUAUGCGUGCCUAGCAUCUAGUACUGGACAAAAAAAAAAUUAACUGCUCAAACUACCAUGUGGGCGGCAAGCGAUUGUAAUUCUUGAGAUUAAUCGGUGGUUUUGUACUGUAUAUAUUAAGUUAGUUUAGUGAUCAAAUAAUACAUAAUUUAUUAAAUUUUUAUUUGUUGGGUAAUUUAGUAGAAAUAACUUAAACGAAAUGUGUCUGUUUAAUAAAUUAGAAUCCGCAAUUUGCAAUGUUUUAUUUUCUAUAAUAUUUUUUGUGAUAAAUGGUGCAGUACAAAACCAUAUCGAAUUCCGUAUGAUGUGAUCUUCUGUGAAGACUGAGUGACUUCAACUACAAUUUAUCAUAUAAUAUAGAGAAACUAAAUAGAAUUAUAUAUUUUUGUUAAUGGUAACAUUAACAGUUUUUUUUCUACAUUACUUUUUAAUUUAUGCAAUCAUAGAUUUGAUUCCAGUCGGUUUGCACCUAUCAUUGCCACCAGUGUAUUGGAGUCAGUGUGACUAUUGUAUCAAAGAUAAAUGUGUCUUUUAGACAUAUUUUGUUACUUUAUUUUACAGUAAAUGACUUAAUUCCAACUCUUUGAUAGUUACAUAUAUAUGAAGAUAUGAUUAAAUUGUAGUUAAAAUCAUUAAAAGGAUGUUUUGCACAAUGAAGUCACUAUUUGUACAAACCAUUUAGUUGCGUAUUACAAGUCUAUGGUUAGUUUGGUUCUCAUU